AUGGCUGAUGGAAAGGCUUCAUUUUCUCUUUCUGGCAAGGUUUCCAAGUUCAAAGAGGACUGGGAGAGAUGGAUAAGACGACAGAUCAAGAAACGCGGUGGUGAUCGAAGCGUGCUCUGUGACCGACACUACUACCCCAUUACCGAGUCCUCCGAGAAUCCGAUGCCCAAUAACCUCACCCCAGAUGAAAAGAAAUGCAUUCGUGAUGAGAGAGAACAUGUCUUCUCGCAGCCCGGAAUGCCAACCAUCAUCAUCACCGUCUCUCUCGCCGCUUUCCUUCAGGGACAUGUGCAGGCUUCGAUCAAUGCAGCUGAUAUUUACGCCAUGGAUGUGUCGAACCCUCUGCACCUACCUACAGGCGAUGAGACUUGGACUUCUGGGGCCAUGAAUGCGAUGCCCUACUUCACUGCAGCUUUGCUAGGUUCGCCCAUGUCCCUUCCUAUCAAUAUCUGCAUCGGUCGUCGGGGGGCUCUCACGGUGUCCGCCUUGUUGAUCAUUGCAAGUUCCAUUGGUUCUGCGUUCUGUCAGACAUGGCUCGAACUGCUCUUGGUUAGAAUCAUUGCUGGUUUUGCGAUGGGUAUCAAAGCAGUUAGUGCGCCCGUUCUCGCGUCCGAAACAGCCGUCCGGUUCUGGAGAGGCUCUAUUGUACUAGCUUGGCAGCUCUGGUAUGUUAUUUUCCGCUUCUUGAUGAUUCUCUCUAAUACCUCUAGGGUUGCAUGCGGUAUCCUCAUGGGGUCUGUCAUCAACAUGGCAAUAGCUGAUGCCACUGGAUACCUAGGACAAGAUGGAGAAAACAGAUCGCGACUGGCUCUUCGCCUUAUUCUCGGUGCUCCAGCCGCUCCAGCGCUCUUCCUACUCAUCGCCGUGGCUAUGUGCUAUGAGAGUCCACGAUACUACAUGCGUUCCGACACUCCUGGUUACAGCAUCGACCGUGCCUUUCAGAUUCUACUCAAGAUCAGAUCUCAUCGGCUUCUGGCCUUGCGUGAUCUCAUCCUCAUCUGGUGGCCCAACCAUCCCCAGAGGGCGGAUCCAGACCAAGCGAGUAUAAUGAGGACCAAGCAAAGCGGGCUAACAUACAUGGGACGAGUUGUAGCCUCCUUGAGGCUAUCAAAGCUGCAGUACUCGACCCUUUUCCAGGCAAGGUUCUUGAGAAAUGCUGUAUACAGCACCUGCAUAGUCUCACUGGCACAGCAGCUAUGUGGAGUCAACGUCUUCGCAUUCUACUCUAACAAGAUGUUCAGUGGGGCAUACGACAACUCCAAGGCAACUCUAGCAUACAGCGUCGGCUUUGGUGGUGUAAACUUUCUGUUCGGACUCCUUGCAAUGAGAUCGAUCGACACGUUGGGCCGCAGGCGAUGGCUGCUCUUCACACUCCCGUUAAUGAGCCUGUUUCUCAUGGCAGCAGCUAUUGCGUAUAACGACAAUUUCUCAAAGGGUAUAGAGGCUCGAAAUGUCGUGGGAACCGUCUUCGUAUACUGCUUCGUGGCGGCAUAUGCACCUGGCUUAGGGCCGAUCCCUUUUACUUUGGCCUCCGAGAGUUUUCCAUCAUCUCAUCGUGAAACAGGAGCUUCAGUAGCUAUCACCAUAAACCUUUUCUUUGCGGGUCUCCUAUCUAUCCUCUUACCUGAGAUCUAUCAUGCUUUCCACGCACGAGGAACACUGGGGGUUUUCUCCGUCCUCAACUUCAUCGCAUUCAUCCUUGUUCUUUUCUUGAUUGAAGAAACCAGCAGUCGGAGUCUGGAGGACCUCGAAAGGGUCUAUGAGCGCCCAAAGACCCAACUGGCCACGUGGGUAUGGGAUCAACAACUUCCUUACUUUGUGAAGAAGUGGAUACUUUGGAAAAGGGAUGUUGAUGAGCCUGUGCCUUAUGAUAGCUACGGGGAAGAGGGCCACGGUGGUGAAUCGGAAACAGAACUGGAGAGCUUGGGAGAAGCGCGAUAA